UUAUCUUAGAUCUCAAUUUCACUUAAAACCCCCCAAUCUACACUCUGCUUCUUAAGUAAGGAGUUGACCAUCUGAGUCAGUGUGUGUGACUAUCACAAUGGCUCGGCAUCCCUUCAACAACACGCCACUCCUCCUCCUUCUCCUCCUCAACUUCCUCUUCCUCGCCUCCGCAAUCCCCAUAGCGAGAGACGACACCAAACAAAUCACCUCACGGGAUGAAACCAUAAACUUCAACGAAAUCGGCGCGAGCUUCACGCUCGGCUCCGCCGAAACCACCGUCGCGACGCAGGGGACGUACCCGCGGAUGGUGCGGCUCGCGGACAACGGGAUCCUCGCCAUCUCAACCGUCCGCGGGGCCGACAACCUGCGGAUCCUGACGAUCACGCGCAGCGACGACAACGGCAGGACCUUCGCGCAGAUCGGCGAGGUCGCGCGGAGCACCGGCGAGAUGGACAACGGCUUCCUGCUCAAGCUCGCGUCCGGCUCCCUGCUCGCCGCCUUCCGCAACCACGACCUCAACGCCGCCCGCGCGCUCACGUACUUCCGCAUCACGGUGUGCCGCAGCGACGACGGCGGGCGCUCGUGGUACUACGUGCAGAACGCGUUCGAGCAGCCGGCCAGCGCGGACGGGUACAACGGGCUGUGGGAGCCGUUCAUGCGGAUCGCGCGGGACGGCAGCGUGCAGCUGUUCUACUCGGGGGAGCUGAGCCGCACGAACCAGGAGACCUUCCGCGUCGUCUCGACGGACGAGGGGCGGACGUGGACGGCGCCCGUCAAUCUGCGUCUGCACGGCACGGACCAGCAGUUCCGCGACGGGAUGACGGGGAUCGCGGCGACGACGGAUGCCGCGGACGGGAGGGACGCGCUCGUCAUGGUGUUUGAGGUGCAGGACGGCACGUUCUUCCACCUCGCCACCGUGCUCUCCUACGACGACGGCAUCACCUGGGGCACGCGGACGGACAUCUACUCCGCGCCGCAGCACAACGCGGGCGCGCCGCAGAUCAAGGCCGUCGGCAACAACUUGGCCGUGGUCUUCAUGACGGACGAGGACACUCCCGCCGGGCAGCUCAACUGGGCGCAGAAGGCCGACAUCAAGAUGAUCUUCUCGACGCAGCUGAGCGGCGCGAGCGUCAGGUGGUCGACCCAGACGAUGCACCUCUCCGAGGACAGCUCGUACUGGCCCGGCCUCUUCCAGAUCGACCCCAACACGCUGCUGGCGGCGUACGAGCGCGGGGGCGUCUCGCUGGCGCGGUUCGUUACUAAGGUUUAGGGGUAAGGGGGGUUAUGCAUUAACUUGGUCUAGCGUGGGAUGGAUCAUGGGUACUAUCGCAUGGAGUUUUUUCAGGGGGGCAUUUUCUCUUUUUUUUUUCUUUUUUUUUUUUUUUGUUCAGUCUACUUUCAAAGAUAUCCCCUAGCAUUGCAUUCGCUUAACGCUGCCCUAGCUAGCUGUAAGGAAGAUACCUAAGGGCCAGCCGGAAUGGGAAACUCGA